AUGAGCUACGGCAACCGGAAACCUCACUUCGUCUUGGUUCCUCUCCUUGUCCAAGGCCACAUGAUCCCCGUGAUCGACCUGGCUCGUCUUCUCGCGCUCCAAGCGGUGGCCGUCAGCGUCGUGACCACCCCCGGCAACACUGCCCGGUUCAAGGUCUUGAUCGAUCGUGCGAACGCGGCCGGCCUGCUGAUUCAAUUUGGUGAGCUCCGGUUCCCUUGUGCCGAAGUUGGGUUGUCGGAGGGCUGCCAGAGCUACGACGUCAUCCCGUCAUGGGAGCUCGUCAAGAACUUCCACCUCCGUCAGCAGUGCCCGAAGCCAAGCUGCAUCAUCUCCGACGCAUCCGACACAUUCGAGCCCUUCCUCGUACCCGACUUGCCUCACAAGGUGGAGGUGGUGAGAGCCCAAUCUAUGAGUUUCUUCGACUAUCCAGGAUGGGAGAAGCUCCGCGACGAGGUGGCGGAGGCUGAAUCCACGGCCGAUGAGUUGGUGAUGAACAGCUUUCGCGAACUGGAGGCCGCCUUCAUCGACAGCUACCAGAAGGCGCUCGAGAAGAAGGUUUGGGCUCCAGGACCAGUCUGA